CUUGUGCUGAGUGUAUCUGGAUGAACACUGAUACAAGUAUAGCGACUGGUGACUGAUUACACAUUUCUAGUUCCCUAGAGCUUCCAUUACUGCACCCCAAAGAUGAGCAACAGCAGCUUGAGUUUUGACUCAGAUCAUCCUGCUUCACCUGGACCCCCAAGAGUGGACCCAACAUAUUCAAGCAAGCGUAUUGAUGUGAACAGCAAUGCAGCUUUUCGUUCUGUCUCCCAAAAUACACCAAUGUUGAGAGAUGACACCGAGGCACAAGAACAGUAUAAUCUACCGAGGAGAGCUGUAGAAUUCAUGGAUGAUUUUACAUUACACCAGAAUCCUGGAAGAAACAGGAGCAGAACAGAACUAUUAAAGAGCACCUAUGAUCCCCUACAUCUGGAUAUCCCUGUAACUCGCGAGCAGUUAAAUCACUAUCGGACAAUUGCUGAAAAUGCCCACAGUGAGCUGGCCGCUCUACAUGUAAAAUAUGAGAGCACACAGUCAGAGUUGUUAGACCUUCGGUCCAAGCUUUCUGCCAAAGAAAUCUCUCUCCAAGAAUGUAAGGCAGAGAUUGACAAUUAUAAGGAAAACACUGCAAGACAAUCAUCAAUGAUUGCAUCUUUACGAGCCAGAAUGCAGGAAACGGAGGAAGAAUCAGGAAUGCUUGCUACCUCAAAGACAAGAGCGGAUUUAGCCAUGCAGACAGUUCUUCAGGAAAAUCGAGACAUGAAAGAGAAAAUUCACGAAUUUCAGUCUAGGUUAAAUACAUAUUUGGCUCAGUGGGAGGAAAGCAAGAGUCAAGCGUCACGAUACAGUAGAAGCCAUGGGCAUUUCCUGGAUCAGCUCUCUGCCUGCUUGGAUGUUGACCUCAAAGGAACAGAUGAGUCUGAAGAAAUUAUGAUUUCCAAGGUGAAGGAGCUGAAGAAACAAAACAUUGAAUUGAAGGGUCGUGUGGCUACUCUUGAAGGAACUAUUAAUGUCCAUGAGACGGAAUCAAAAGCCAGCAGAGAAACUAUCAUGAAGCUAGUUAAAGAAGUUAAAAGAGAGCAAAAAAAGGGCUCGUCAUUCACCCAACAGAUUGACAACCUUCAUAAGAGUCUAGAAAGUGUCACAGAUGCCAAGCAGGAUUUUGAAAGGGAAGUUCGAUUACUUCAAGACAGGUUGACAGCCUCCCAGAGGGCCUGGGAAGUCAGCAAGCAAGAGCUAAAUGAGGUCAAGAAGAACUCAGCUGAGCUUGAUAUGACUUUGAAAAGUAAACUUGGAGAGAUGAAGGGAGCUCAAAGUCUAUUUCAUUCAUUCAAAGAAAAUGUUGCUGCAGUUCUCAGCCAAAACUUGACCACUGUGAAACCAAAAGAGGAGUCCAUCUUGGAGAGGAUACAUGAUUUAUGCAACAAAGCAGAAAACAAAAGUGCAAUGGUAACACAGUUGGAAACUCGAAUAUGCAAAUUGAAUGAACAACUCCAGACCCAGACUGACCUGCACCAGGAAGCCUUGCACAGGGCAAAAAAGGCAGAACAGCAGCUAGACGACCUCAGGGGCUGGAUCAAAUUAGCAGAAGGGGAACUGGUGACCGGUGAUGUAAUGAGGGACACACUUAGUAAUGAGAAGCAGAAGUACAUGAAGUUCUUGGAGACUCUCUCGGAUAAGAUGAAGCUAGAAAGGGUGACUGCUGAUUUGGGCUAUGACAUGCGGCUGGAAGCCAUCCUUACCAGAGCCGAUCAGCUGGUCAAACGUGAAUCAGAUGCUGUAAUUGAAAACAAGACUUUGGCUCAUGGUUUGCAAAGAAAGUUAAAAGCCCAGAAAGAAAUGUUUGACAGCAAAGAGCUUCAUAUGGAACUUUUGAGAAAAAAGAUUGCACAGCUUGAGGAAGAAAAACAUGUCCGUACAGCGCUGGCUGUGGAGCGGGAUGAGGCUAACCUGACAGUAAGAAGACUACAAAAGAAGGUAGAAAGACUGCAGAAGGAAUUCAAUUCUGCUCAGGAGUCAAACACAGAGCUCAAGGCCCGACUUUCAGAUACUAACGAGCUUAAGAUCAAAACACUUGAGCAGCAUAAAGCCAUAGAAGAGCUGAAUAAGUCUUUGGAACAGAUAGAAAGGACAAAAGACAAGACUCAAAAGAAGUUAAUUUCUGUCAAAUCAGAGCUAGAUUUUACUGAGCGGGAGGCAAAGGAGGAAAAGGAGAGAACUACAAAUAUGCUGGAGGUUGUUACCAGUGAACUAAAAACACUUAAAAAAACAUUAGAAGAAGUAUCUAAGAGGGAAAAGCAGUUGGUAGACUUCCGGGAGGUGGUUUCACGCAUGCUUGGUCUGAACGUCAAUAUCCUGGCACUUCCAGACUAUGAAAUCAUUAAACGGCUUGAGGGGCUUAUCCACACACACCACCACCAUGUUUCAUGUGCCUAAACCUGAAUGCUCAGUCUGAGUGUUAACCUAUUCUUAAUUAGCUUUAAAAUGUUUCAUUAUUUUACCUUUUUGCAUCAAAUUAUCUUGUGCCAUGCUGAGUGCAGAUCCAUAUAUUUUUUAUCAUAAAAUUGUAAAAGAUUAAAUAUAUUUUAGUAAUUGCUAUAAAAUAAUGCAACGUGCCAUAUUUACUAGUAUCUUCUCAAAAUGAAUGCCUCUUUUUUCUAUUAAAGCUUUUGGAAGUAAAAAAAAAAAUGCACAUUGACAGUAUAACUAUUGUUUACACUUAUUUAUAAAGCAAAAGCAUAGGAUCUUUAAGGCUUCAAUAGAUCACUGAUUGGUAACCUUACUACCAUAUACUUGCAAAUAAACCAUAAUUCCCAUGAUGCUCUACUAGGUUUAUAAUAAUGUUGUUUGGAAACAUCGGAGUUGCCAGUGUUAGCAGUUAGUAACAGGGGUAGCUGAAAUAGCAAAGUUCCACCUAUACAGACAA